AAAAAACUAGAAUACAAUAAAUACAAAUAUAUUCGCUACUAUUUGGGUAGCAUAUUUCGAUUGUACAGUACAAAAAAAUAAAAUAAAACUGGUUUGAAUUACUAUUUAAUGCACCGCGUUGCUAAAAAUUAAAAGCAAAAUCAAAAUUUACAAAAAUUGGCUUUUUGGUGUUUUUCGCGUUACACGAUAACGUCUUUUUUUAUUCGGCCAUUCUUUUAAUCGAUAGACACAUCGAUAGUUGUGUCGUGCUGCACCAUUCGUUGGUGCUUAUCUUGUUCAUCUCUAAAACGCAGUUGUUUUGAAGUUCUUUUAUCCAAUGGAGGAGGGAAUGCUGGACGUUGCCAAUGCAUCCCACUAUUUCGAAGGUGUUGAGAAGCUAUUGGAGAUUUGGUUUGAGGAGCGUCCAGAGCAGAAUGGCGACUUACGCAACAUCACACGCCCCGAAUGGGAAGAGCUGCUGCGCCACGUUAGAUGCGAGAUAAUCAGCUUCAAGAAAAACGAUUUCAUUGAUGCCUUUCUGCUCAGCGAGAGCAGCAUGUUCGUCUCGAAGCGCCGCUGGAUUUUGAAAACCUGUGGCACCACCACACCUUUGAGGUGCCUUGAGCAGUUGCUCGAUUUGGCCAAGCAGCAGGGAUACACUGUCAUCACCGAUAUAUUCUAUUCGCGCAAGAACUUCACCCGUCCCGAGGUGCAGCAGAGUCCCCACAAAGGGUUCUACGAGGAGGUCACCUAUUUGGAUAGCAUCUUUCCCGAGGGCCGCUCCUAUUGUCUCGGCUCAAUCAAUCUCGAAUGCUGGUAUCUCUAUACAUUCAGCAGGCCAGUCGUAGUCAAGGCCCUGCCUGAUCUGCUGCUUGCUGCCGAGCAGGAAGACCAUCUGAACACUGAUCCAGACCAGACCAUUGAGAUACUUAUGCAGAAUCUCGACAAGGAUGUCAUGUUGGCCUUCAACAAGAGCCGCUUCGCCACCGGUCCCGAGGCGACCCAGCACUCUGGCAUCGACCAGAUCCUCCCUGACAUGGUGAUUGAUGACUUCCUAUUCGAUCCGUGCGGCUACUCGAUGAACGGCAUCAACGAGCAGGGCGAAUACAUGACCAUACAUAUAACACCCGAGGAGAAGUUCUCCUACGUCAGCUUCGAGAGCAACGUGGCCCUCAACAACUACACACGUCUGAUCAACCAGGUCGUUCGCACCUUCAAGCCGGGCAAAUUCAUCGUUACCAUCUUUGCCAACAAGUCCUCGCUGGCCUACGAUACAAUGAAAGAGCUAGAGAUCGAAUAUUCCACCCUGUCCAACUGGAAGCGCACAGAUAUGCAGUGCUGCAGCUUCCCAACCUACAAUCUGCUGUUCGCUCAAUACUCGCGCUCAGUAGAAAAUUGGGCUUAAAAGAGCCUCCGCAAUUCC